UCGGCUGCUCUGGGCGUUGCGUCGUUGAUUAUGGCUUCCGGGAAAGUUAGAGUUCUCGUCCGAGAGGGGCCGGACUGAUCUGCGGCUCUGCGAAAGGACUACCUUGACCGACCCACGUACCGUAAACACUGCAGGCAGUGUUUGAAAAUGGCCCGGAACUAUGUGUCCCUGGCAGCCGGCGAUCAAGGGAACAGGGUGGCUUACCCCUCGUCCCACAGCGAUCUCAGCGCGUUGGCGAUGUUCUCUGGAGACUGUUCCCUAGCUGCCAGGGCUGGAGCGAUUCGCCCUGCACCUCGCCGGACAGCUCGACCUAGCAUUCGGACUCAGAGCGGUCGAAUACCUCGCUGCGGCCUGAGCCCGACCCGCCUUACAAAGGGGAGGGAACCGGAGACCCGCAGCCGAAGCCGCCAAGCCAGAUUCUCACCUUACCCAAUCCCUGGGGUCAAACUCGAUCUCCGAAGAAGUGUGCUGCAACAGCGUCUGGCAUUUGGAAAUGUUACAGCUUGAACUUCAGUUUAAAAGCAAAUGCCUCCCCUCAAUUAGCUUGCAAACAAGUCCUCUUUUAAAAUCCUUUCUUGGUGUAACAGCAUUUUUAUUUUUAGAGAGACGCGCUUUUGUUUAAUAGAAAAUUGCGUAUGUAGGGGUUUUGUUAAUGUUACCACACGUUUUACUAUGGUUAACUUAGGAAGAAGACAAAAAGGAUUUUCUUCUUUGGUAAUUACAAACCCGAGCAACAAUCAUUCACUUUUUGUUUACACAAUUCGUGUUUGGGAUCAGAAUUCUCUGAUUUCCACGACCUUACCCAGCUAGUUCCCCUACUUUGAGAAUAGAAUUCGAGCCUCCUUAACUGGCAUAUUCCCAGACUCUUUAACUUGUGUUGGUGAAAAAUAAUCGUUUUUAUUAGACUGGCUUAUCCUUUCAUCUCUUCCCCAGCACUUAACAUCUUCAAUAUUCUCUUUCUUGUUGUUGCUGUUGUUUGUUUUUGGUAUCAGGAUUGAAUCUAGCGGGGGCUUAACCACCUAGCCACAUCUCUUGCCCUUUUUAUAUUUUAUUUUGAGACCCAGACCCUGACCCUAACCCUAAAUUGCGGAGACGGGCACCUAUCCUGCCUCAGUUUACUGGGCCGCUGGGAUUAUAGGCGCGCAACUCUGCAUACUGAAAGACAAAAUACAACACCUAAACCUUCAGUGUUACUAAGGUGAUUUGCAUUUCCUUUGCCAAAGACUCCAAAUUAAUUUUCCUAUUUUUCAUUUUGUUUGCUUUCAAUCCAAGCUCCUUAAUCUGAAUCUGCUGUUGCAAAACAGACUGCUGGAACAUCAGUCCUACGGAUUCCUCUCAUUUGUUAUCUAUUCAUAUUUCUUUGAAAUUUCUUACCUUUACUCCUUCAAGCAUACAAAAAUAUUUGGGAAUCUUCUCUGUGAUAAACACUGUGGAUGAGCUUUAUGCAAUCCUGACAUUUGGAUCAAGGGGUACAUUCUUAAUGGAGAGGCUAAUAAAUCAACGCGUAAUCAUUA